AUGGAGGAGUCUGCCACUGAGAAGUACAGCAAGCCGCAGGUCGCGCCGACAGUGCCCAAGUCUUCAUCAGCUGCCUCCGCUGCCGGCGGCCACGAGCCAGCGGCCGCGACGGCGCCAUCGCCAGCCGCAGGCUUUCGAGAGUCGUCCUUGGCCGCAGGGGCAGGAGCGGACGCCACCGCAGCCGCUAUGGUCGGCGACGAGUCAUCACGGCAGGCUGUCUCUCACUACCCCAAGCGCAAGCGCGCCUGCUUGUAUAACGACCUGAGCGAGAGCAAGAUGGAGAUUUCUCAGCCAGCGUCCACUCAGUCCAUGACCGUUCAUCAAACCCGCUUUCCCACCGACCCUCUGCCUGGCACCCGCCCGACACGAAUCCUUCUAGGAUACUGGAAGCAAUCCAGCGAGCCUGAUCCAAGGGAUCGACAUGCCGUCUAUGGAAUACUUGCCCACGACAACAAGUUCCGAGUCAAGGUGGUACGAGAGACGAGAGACGGCCGCUUCGUGGAUGGAAACUUCCCCUCGGGAGCUGGGGCUCUGUGGAUUCCGUACGAGGAGGUAGGCUUUGAGAACCACCUCAAGGCUCUCAACAAACAGGAAGUCAAGGAGUACUGCCGCAUUCGGCAGUACCAGCUGGAUCACGGCGAAAUCGAUAGGAAGCGGAUCGGAAACGAAACAAGGGCCGUGUAUGAGGCCAAGACCCGAACCAGAACCCCCAUUAAACAGACCAGUGUCGCUAUGCCGACUUUCGGCAUCACCCGUCCUGCCAACGUGGACAUGGAUCGGACCAGCCCAAGAACAAGCUAUGGCGGCGGUGAGCCUGGCCAGUCGCGGCGAAUCGAUCCGCGAGCGGACAGACGGGCGCCGCGCCAAUUGCUCAACGAGAACGAGCUGAGCUCGGCUCAGCUUCGUCAGAGGCUCCACGUCAUAGAACGCACCAGCGCCUUAGCGCGUCGCGAGCUAGCCAGAGCUGAGGCGGCCCAGGAUCGCGCCGACCGCCUUGCUCUAACCCGAGAACGUGCUUUCUUCGCCGCGGCUAACAAUGCUGUUGCGAUAGCGGCUCCCGCUUCAGCCAUCAACGGACGGACGCUUCUUCACGAGUCAGAGGAUACGCAGCACGUCAACAAGGUCUGGGCUCGCAAGGAGUCGUUUCGCAUGAAAGCCUAUGCCGAGGACGCCAAGAUGCACGACGGCGUCAAGUAUGGGCGGAAGUCGACCGGGCCAUUUACGGGAAAGUUCGUGUCGGCGGGCACUAUCGUUCAUAUUGACGGCGAGGACUAUGUUGAGUAUCGUGUUCUGACCAAGCCAUUCUGA